AUGCCGCGCACGGGAGCCAGCGAAGUGACCUUCGAGCUGGGCGUGGAGGCCCCCUUGAAAGACGUGGACGAGGAGAAACUCAAAGCCCUAGCGAAAGAGCAGAAUGGCAGUUACGAAGAUAUGAACCUGAACGGUGAUGAGGAAGGAAAGAGCCUCCACGAAGUGUUGCUAGGGUUGAAUUAUCACAAAAAAAACGUCACCAAUGUUGCUCUCCUCUCACAUAUUAAAGAUGCAACGAUUAGCUUUGUGGCUGACUUGGAAGAUGAACUAGUCAACUGCCUACAAGACGAAAGAAACGAAUUCAAAGAACCAUACGCAAGGAGUAUGAAACUGAAGAGAGGAAAAAUCCUAGGAAGCUACAAAAACAAUAUGAUGCUGAAUAGCCACCUGAAUAUAGACAUCGGAUUUGAAUACAGUUUGGAUACCAAGUUAGGAAGGAAGUCCAAAUACAGGAACCUACCUCACUAUCAUAACCUAUUCAUUGUCUUACUAAAGAAUCAUUUUUUCUCCAAAGAUUUUUUCCGUCACUUAGAGGAACAGAACUUAUCCCAUAGUGUAGACAUUCGCAUCAGUGUGAAGACGUGGCUGAAUAACUCCAAAUCAAUCUUAGUCCUGACCAUUCAGAAGAGGGAGAAACACGUCGGGAACAUCCACGUGAUUCUUUACCCCUCAAAGAAGGUCACCUCGAGUCUGCUGCACGUGUAUAGGAAGUGCUAUGCAGGCUGGGUGGAGAGGAGCCCCUCUCAGAUAGAGGAAAAAACAAAUGCGGGGGAGGCCAAGGGGAAGAAAAAGAAAAAUGGAAAAAAUGCUAAAAAUGGGAAGGCAGCAGAGAAGGGCACAGAAAAGGGAACCGAAAAGGAAGCAGAAAAGGGAACAGAGAAAGGAACGGCUGGACGGGCAACAAAAUCCGGAGAUAUAACACCUGCAGAGGAAGAUCAACUGAGGAAAAAAAUAAAAAACUUAUGCAUUAGAAGGACCAUUUUGAAAAAAUUCCUACUUACUGAGUGUCACUUGAUUGAGUGUGACAAUGUAAUAAAAAGGAGUGUUAACAGUGUAGGUGCGUACAGACAAGCGGUUAAAUUACUGAAGCUGUGGUGCCUCAAUAGAAGAUUACUCAAUACCUUCUCUACCCGUGAUGAAAGGGCUGACGGCAAACUUAAGCAGGGAGGAGAGGGGUCCACAAUUGGAGGAUUCUUCCACUACACCGAUGUUAACUCCUUUGCGCUGGGACUGAUCUGCAGUUACGUUUGUUAUGAGCAGAACCUGGAGAAGUGCGACGCGUUCCUCAUCUUUAAGAAGACGAUAAGUUUCCUAAGCAGCAUGGAUUUGUGUCAUCAUGUGUAUGGUUACGAGGACGGAGUCUUCAGCUGUUGGCAGCGGGAGAAGGGGAGCUCUUCAUCAGGACAAACUCACGGGCCACACAUCUUUCUCAUCAAUUCAUUGUACGACCCAUUUCAGUCCAUUUUCUGCUCCCUGACUGAGCUGAUUGGGGAAGCGAAGAAGACAGAGUAUUCCCUGCGUUGCGGAAAAAUAUACGACGUGUUGGCAGCGAAUUAUGACUGCUUCUCUGUGAGCUACGAGGAGGAGGUGUUCUUCCCCCUGCUCGUGAGCAACCACCUACAUAACUAUAACGACGUGGUGAUGGCUUUGCGGCGCAACUUGGUGCGUGGCUUGGCCGACCGGUUGGGCGAGGUGGCCGUCCGCCUGGUGCGAUUCUGCCUCCACGAGGUGGAAGGGGCGGGAGGCGCGGCGGGGGAAGAGCACGUAGCGGAGGAUGAGGGUAGAGCGAACGGAUCAAACGGCGCCGCUCGAACUGGUGAGGAGGACAGCUGCACCAGCAUCUGGGGAAGCCUCCCGCAGAGCCUCUUCCACGACGUGCUGCUCACGUGGAAGCGGCGCAGAGGAAAUGCCGCUGACGUCGCUGAUGCCGCGUCUGGCGGAUCGAAGAGGACCCUGCUGAGGAGGAAAACCCUAAUCGGAGUGAGCUUCUUCCUCAAGACGAACAACGUCAUGCGGCUAAUGGAUAUCUCCAAGGAUCUAUACACUCCCGAGGGGACCUCCCCAUUUAAGCAUUUCUGGGGAGACAAAGCGGCAAUUAGGAGAUUCGAAAACAACACCAUUUUUGAAGUAGUUCAGUGGAAGAAGCCCGGCACGAGAUUUGCUACGAAGAAGAGAAACUUCUCAGCUGCGUUAGCAGGCCGUUUAGGAGGUGCCCUACAUGAUGGGAACGAAAGCGAAACCGAGGAGGAGGACCAGAACGUGAGGAACCCUUUCUUUGAGGUGCUCUUCAGCCAGUUGUACGAGGGGAAAGCCCCCUCAGUGCACGUGCAGGCGAUCAAGUGCAUCUUACGCAUGAUGAGAUUCAACGAAGCAGCGAGUUUGAAGCAGGGAUUUCAAGAAAGAAUGGAUUCUCUAAAAAGUGACGAUGCAAUUCAUAUGUGCAGUGGAAAGAAGGUGAAGAAGAAGACUUUCUUCGUGUACCUUUCCUCCCCAUUGUUAGUCAAAGAUGCGUAUUUCUCAUACUACGAAAGUGUAAGCAGCUUAUAUAAUGAAGUGAAAAAUGUUCUAUACAGUCUGAGUGAGAAGUUAUUCACUGUCUGCAAUGUGACCACCUCGAAUGAUCUCCUUAAGUGGACUGACCUGGGUUACAAGAAGAACCAAAAAAAAAUCAUCGACGUUGUUGUAGACAUAAAAUUUAACAGCGUUAACUACAAAAAUGCACAGAACUUUUUUCGUAUCUAUGAAAGUGCCAAAGGGAUCAUCUGUAAUAAGAUUUGGAGUGAGGGGAAGAAUCUCUUUUCAAAGGUAGAAAAUAAAAACUUCUGUGUUGAUGCCUCCUCGAAGUUAGUCCUUUUCAGACUAUACAUUUUUGUGAGCAAAGUGAUUGAGAGGAAUCUGAUCCAGGUGACAAACCUUGAUGAUGUAAGAAUUGAGCAUGUCGAUUAUAUGAACAAGAUAAAGAACUACAUAUUCAGACCGUUAGUUUCGUCGUUUGUUUAUUUUUACUCGACUAAAUUUUCUUCCUUCCACUUGUCGGUGAAAAUAUGUAAGCUUUGGUUCAUGUCAAAGGGUAUCCCCUGCUGCGAUGAGUUAGUCGAGAACGUCCUCUUUUACCUAUACACGGAAGAGUUCAGGAGGCAUGCUAGGAUGAAGGCCUUCUUUUUGCAGAAAGGCCUCCCUGGAGGGAGUAACAACACCGUGCAUGCACAGUUCCUGCGAUGGAGCGGUCUUUACAGGAGAAUCGCGCACCGGGAGAGGGCGGAAGAGCGCGCUUACUACCGCGCUCUGUGCGAGAGGGAGAAACUCCCCUUAGGGGGAAGCGGCACUGGUCUAAGCAGCCCAAGUGGGAGCGAGGAGGACGACCCACUCGUCAUCACCGCUCCGUUGCAGAAGGGCACCACAGAAGUGAGAAGAGACAGCCCCAAAGCGCCUGCCUACCAUGCUAAGGGGAAAAAGGGAAACAAUAACGUACAUCAGAUGGGGAAGUCGAAAAAGGAGGACGCCUCAUCAGGAGGAAGAGCGGCGGACAAUCUGGAUGACCCCCUUGAUGCCAUUGAUGGAGGAGACGAAUUCUUGGAUUCCUUCUCUAUAUGCCCCAAAACGGCACUAACGAAAUUUCUGUCCUUCCUCGUCAGCUACGAUUGGAAGAACAGACCGCUUAUCAUGGAUUAUGACCAUUGCCUCAAGGAGGAACAUAAAAUCAAACUGAUAAACUCCUUUCAUUCGAGAAGAAGAAGCAAAGAAGUGAAAAAGAAUUUCUGGAUCUGUUCACUUUACGACCCCCACUGUCUGCUGAUCAGUCUGCCUCACCAUCUGUUUGACUUCAUUCUGUCCGAGGCGAACAAAUCCCUCGAAAUGGUAAAGAAGCUGGAAAACAAUUUUGAGCGGGAAAAUUGGAUAUCACUUUUUCUCAUGGAGAGACGCAACUACGAUAUCAUUUUGAAUUUCCACCGUCCUGAGAGGUCCCUAAGCUUGUUGAAGCAGAAAAUAGGACUUGCCGGGAAAGCGGAAGAUGUGGACGGCGGUGCGGAGGGAGACACUACAACGGGGGGGACGCAACCAAGCUCGAAUCCUCCCAGCAAGAAGAAGAAGCAGCAGAAGGAAGAAGACGGUGAAGACGCAAAGGAAAGUGAAAACUUACCAACGCUAGCCAAUCAAAAAAAAACAACAAGUGAGAACAACACACAAACGCUGAACCAUAUGUAUCGAAUGGAUGAAGCGUAUGACCUGAGCUACUUGGACGAUGUUACCAAAAUGAAGGCAAGAAAAAUUGGGGAUAUGCUGAAAGGAUUACAGAAACAUGAGUUGCUUCUUGUCUACAAAAGCUACUUCGAACAGUUUAUUAAAAACGUUGAGGAGAAAUUCUCCUGUCAGAUAACGCUGCUGUACAAUCCGCUGUGCUUUAAGGAAAUUAUGGACAUUCAGUGGUUCCGGAAAAAAAUAAAACGCAAGCUUCGUAAGGCACCAGAACAAUAUGAGAAGGUAAGCAUGUCUUGGAGCCCAAAGGUAUUCAUCACAUUUAACCCCGCCUUCAUCAGUAACAUCGUCCAGAGUGAGCUACCUGUGGAGAUGAGCCAGCACACAGGGGAAGCACACGCAAGGGAAGCAAACGCUGGGGGAGCAAACGCUGGGGGAGCAGAUCAAGGGAAAUCUCUAAACAGCCUCCCCAGCGCGAUGAACUCCUCUCUUGCGCUGACCAACUUUAACGCGUUAAUUUUCUACAUAAAGAGUAACGCGUGGGAUCUUCUGCGUGGGGUUCAUUUCCCUACCAUGUGA